AUGGGGUCCUCCAAGAAGCACAGGGAGAGGGAGAGGGGGGGAGGGGGAGGGGAAGAGUCCGGCCGCCACAAGAAGCACAAACACAAGGAGCGCAAACAGAGGGGGGGCAGCCGGGAGAGGGAGGGCCGCCGUCACCGGGACAGGGACCGGGACCGGGACAAGAGACCCCCACCCACACCGGGCACUGACAGCCAGCCGGAGCGCCGCCCCAAGAAGGAGAAGACCGAGGAGGCUGCUCCUGGAACCAAGUCCGGAGGUGCGAGCGCCUCACUGAGCAUCGAAGAGACGAACAAGCUGAGAGCCAAACUCGGGCUCAAACCACUGGAAGUAAAUGACUCGAAAAAGACUGAGGCUGGAACGAAAGAGGACCCAGUUGUGGUCCCAGCCAUUAACCCCAUCGCCAUGAAGCAGCAGGAGGACAUUCGGGUGAAACUUGCUGCCCUGAAGGAGAAACGCCUCCUGAAUCAGAAGCUGGGGAAAGUGAAAUCUCUCGGCGAUGAUGAUGGCUGGCUGGAUGAUGCCAUGGCCUGGGUGGAGAAGAGCAGGAAACUGCAGAGGGAGAAGGAGAUGGCCGAGAAGAGGGCCAAGCUUCUGGAGGAAAUGGAUGAAGAGUUUGGCAUCAGUGAUCUCAUUGAGGAGGAGAUGCAAACCAAGAGACAGUCUGCCUACACAUCCCGGGACCUGAAGGGACUGACGGUGCAACAUGAUAUCGAGGCCUUCACAGAAGGACAGUCCGUGGUGCUCACCCUGAAGGACAAAGGGGUCCUGGAUGAGGAGGACGAUGUCCUUGUCAACGUGAACAUCCUGGACAAGGAGCGAGCCGACAAGAACGUGGAGCACAAGAAGAAGAAACCCGACUACAAGCCCUACGAGGAGGAGGAGAGCGUGGACGACAUGGCAGUGUUUAAAGGGAAGUCCAUCCUGUCGAAGUACGACGAGGAGAUUGAUGGGGAGAGGAAGAAGUCGUUUAAGCUGGAGGCCGGAGGGACCGCCGACGGAUCGUGGGAAAAGGAGCUGCAGCAGAUCCGGGAGACCCUCCGGAGCCAGGCGCAGACUCUCGACAUGCCGCAGCUGAAGCUGGCUUCGGAAUUCUACACCGAGGAGGAGAUGGUCACGUUCAAGAAAACGAAGCGGAGAGUGAAGAAGAUACGGAAGAAGGAAACCAGGCUGAAAGCGGACCACCUCCUCAUCCAGGGCCACGAGAGCACGGUCACCGACUACGGCUCCAGGGAACGUGGCCGAGGGUGGAAGUUCCACGGUGAGGCAGAGGCAGAGGCAGAAGGCAACACCGAGCAAGCAGAGGCAGCCGCCCCAGAGGUACAGUCUGUGUCGGACGACAUGCGUGUGGAAAACAUGGACAUCAGUGACGAUGAAGCCCGAGCCCCUGACUCCCCGGUGGCCAUUGAGGAGGACGAGGCCGAGAUGGAGCUGCAGAAACAGCUGGAAAAGCAGCGGCGCCUGAGACAGCUCCACAAACAGGCGUCUGACAAGGUUGUCGACAUUGCGAAGAAACUGAAGUCAGACCGCAAGGACGAGGACGCUGACGAAUUGGAAAGAAAGGGCCUGAUUGUUUUCAACGCCACGUCGGAAUUCUGCCGGACGCUUGGAGAAAUCCCAACUUACGGGCUGGCUGGGAACCGGGAGGAGCAGGAGGAGCUGCUGGAUUUUGAAGUGGAGAAUAAGGAACUAUCGGACGAUGAGAUGGAGUUGGACCGGGACGAGACAGUGGGCUGGAGUACGGUGAACCUGGAUGAGGAGAAGAAGCAGCCGGAGUUCUCAGCCACAUCCACCACUAUCCUGGAUGAGGAACCCAUCGUCAACUGCGGCCUGGCAGCUGCUUUGCAUCUCUGCAGGAACAAAGGUCUCCUCGACACCACGAUGCAGAAAGUCGCCCGAGUGCGUUCCUCAGCGAAGAGUCUCCCUUCAACAGUCUAUGCCAUCGAGGACAAGAUGUUAAUAGAUGACAAGUACAGUCGGAGGGAGGAAUAUCGCGGCUUCACGCAGGAGUUCAAGGAGAAGGAAGCUUACCGGCCCGACGUGAAGAUCGAUUACGUGGAUGAAUCUGGAAGGAGGCUGACCCCGAAAGAGGCAUUCAGACAGUUGUCCCACCGGUUCCACGGAAAAGGAUCGGGAAAAAUGAAGACUGAGAAACGCAUGAAGAAACUAGAAGAGGAACAUCUGCUGAGGAAGAUGAGUUCGAGUGACACACCGCUGGGAACCGUAGCCCUCCUGCAGGAGAAGCAGAAAGCACAGAAAACCCCCUACAUCGUCCUCAGUGGGAGCGGGAAGAGCAUGAACGUAAACACAAUAACGAAAUGAGACUCCUGGACCCAAGGACUGGACUUUGGCACCGAUUUGGGAGGGGGGGGUGGGGGUUAGGGUUCCUUUUACGGCAGGGAAGGGAAAAGAUUUGGUCGCUGGCUAGAUUUUGCUGUUCUAUUUACUCUUCAACUUUUCUUCUGUACAUUAAUAAAGAGACACUUUUUUUUCCCCCUUUU